AUGAAGAAAGUCCUUCUUACUUCGUCUCAAGUCUCCAUCUUCUUGACAGGCAUUGUCAUAUUCUUGUGCACUUUAGCGCUCUUCCUCAGCGGCUAUGUGAUUCAGCAACGCACAGUCAACGAUUUGCGCGAAGCAAUCCGACCACGGCACCGGCCCGUGACGAAGCCCCAUCUACCAGAGCGCUUCAAGGCGCGCAUCACGGAGCUUGAGGACGGCUCCAUUGUCUUUUACGAGAGCGAGGCAAAGGAGGAGGCUCGGCUGCAGCGACAGCAAAUCGAGGUGCGCGAGUCGACGAACCCCGAGCCGCAGCCGGAGCUUGCCGACGAGACGCGCGCCAACCAGGAAGAGGAACUCAACAAGGCGACGCAGCAGCAGCGAAAGAUGCUGCAGGAUAUCCAGAGCAAGGUCACGCAGCAGUCGUGGGCGGUGGAGAAUCCAGACCCCUGGGCGAAGAGCAAAGUGCCCGUUGAUGCAGUAGAGCGUCGCCAAAUGAUUAGGGAUGAAUUGAAGCGCCUCUCUGUUAGUGAAGGGCCGGUGCCGUGGUCUAAGCGUAUUUGGUAUUGA